AUUUGAGCCACACGGACUCAUUAGAGUGUUGCACAUUUCGGCAGAACAUGUGGAACACGCGUUUAUAUCGUCGCUGGUUUAAACUGCGGGUGGCAACAUUUUACGGUCAUUAUGAACGUAAUUUAUAUUGAAAGCAUGAAUAGAGUACAGUUAGAAUAAAUGUUAUUAGAAUUGAAUAACCUUACCUGCCUUUAAUUUCGCUGAAAAUGGGAAAAUCGAAGACCAAGAACCAGAAGAAAUCUCGAGCCACAGCUAACCAUGUGGCCGAGGAGAUCUUCUCCGCAGUUCCCCACUCCUUCGUGUUUCAUCGGGGUCUGAUUGGAAAAAACGUGGGUCGGCUCAUCGUGGAUGUGCGGAGAGUCAUGGAGCCCUUCACCGCGGAGUCUCUGAAGGUUCGGAAGAAGAAUGUGCUGAAAGACUUUGUAGCUGUUGCAGGACCACUUGGAGUGACCCACUUCAUGAUCUUCAGCAGGACUCCUAGCUCCGUCAACAUGAGACUUGCUCGACUUCCCAAAGGUCCCACUCUUCAUUUCAAAGUCCUCAAGUACUCUCUUGUAAAAGAUGUGGUUUCAUCUCUGAAGAAGCACCGGAUGCAUGAGCAGCAGUUCACACACCAUCCGCUACUCAUCCUCAAUAACUUUGGAUCCGACGGCAUGCACGUCAAACUCAUGUCCACCAUGUUUCAGAACAUGUUUCCCUCGAUUAAUGUGCACAAGAUAAGCCUCAAUAAUAUCAAGAGGUGCGUGCUGCUGAGUUACAACCCAGAGACCGAGGAAAUUGAAUUUCGUCAUUACAGCAUGAAGGUCGUCCCUGUGGGAAUGAGCCGUGGGGUCAAGAAGCUGAUGCAGGAGAGGUUCCCCAACAUGAGCAAGUUUGAAGACAUCAGUGAGCUGAUGAUAAAGGGGGCAAACCUCUCAGAAAGUGAAGCAGAGCAAGACGGGGAUCACAACAUAACGGAACUACCACAGGUCUACUCCGGACGAGGUAACAUGGCGUCCCAGCAGAGCGCCGUCCGUUUGACCGAGAUUGGUCCUCGUAUGACGCUGCAGCUGAUGAAGAUACAGGAAGGCAUGGGAAAUGGGAACAUCCUUUAUCACACCAUGAUUUCCAAGACGGAGGAGGAAAUCCAGGAGAUCCUGAACAGGAAGCAGGCUCAGCUCCAAGAGAAGCUCGGACGCCGUAAAAAGCAGGAGCAGAACAUCGCUGACAAGCAAGAGAAACGAGACGCCAACAAGAAAAAGAGCCUUGAAGGCAUUAAGAGGAAACAAGCUGAGGCCGAAGAGGACAGUGAGGUGGAGGAUCCCGGGAUGCAGGACAAUGAGGUUGCUGUUGUUGAAUCUGACGACGAGGUGGAGUACUACAGACAGGCUGUGGGACGGGAGCCAGAUGAAGACAUGUUCCCUGCGACCAAGAGGAGGCACGGCUCCGAGCGAACCCACGGACCUGCCAAGAAGAGGAAGAUGUCACCGGGUAAACCAUUUAGAAAAGACCAAGACGGCAAAUCGCCCAAGAGAAACGGCCCAGGAGGACAGAGAGACAAAAUGGGAAAGGGGUGGAAGAAGGACGGGGAGAAAGCAUUUGGCCGUGACACGAAGCCCGGCCGAAAGCCUUUCGGAGGAAAGAAACCUGGCGAGCGGGGGGAGAAGAAAUUUGGCGGGAAGAAAACGUUUGAUAAAAAUAAGGACAAAUCCUUCAAAUCUAAAGGUUCGAAAGGCAAGCCAGCCUUCAAGAAGAAAGGCGUAAGGCACGGCUCUAAACAGAGGAAAGGGAAGGGCUCCUACUUACAGUUUACAGAUUUAGGACGGCCCAGCUGUGUGGCAGCAGCAACAAACGAUCCUUUGGCAGCAAUCCCGAUGGCGCACAACUUCUCUGAGUGUGAGAAGUUCCAGAAGGCCCUGCUGCCCUCCAUGUACGGCGUCGAGUUCGUCGUGGCCCUGGUCGGGAACCUGUUCGCCCUGUGGCUGCUGGCGGGCCGAGAGAGGCGGAACUGGCACACCGGGGUGGUCCUGGCCUGUAACCUGGCCAUCAGCGACCUGCUGUAUGUGCUGACCCUGCCCCUGCUCAUCGCCUACUACUCCCUGGACAAACACUGGGUGUUUGGCGAUGCCGCGUGCAAAAUCGAGCGGUUCCUCUUCACCUGCAACCUGUACGUGAGCAUCUUCUUCGUCAUGGCGAUCGGUGUGAACCGCUGCGUGGCCCUCAAGUUUCCCUUCUUCACCCGAUCUUACUUGGAGCCCAUCCACGCCAAGGCCGCCAGUGUCCUCAUCUGGGUCCUGGUGGGGGUCAUUUCCUGCCCCGUGCUGAGGUGGGCCUCAGUUUGCCCCAGUCAACACAACAACAACACCCUGUGCGUGUCCUACUGCGACCCCAAUCCCGGUGACAAAAACUCUCACUUCUCCUACAAAGUGUUCCUGGCUGUGUUUGGUUGUGUAGUUCCCUUCUUGGUUACUUUCUCGUGCUACUUUGCGGUGAUUUCGGCGGUGUGGAAAAACAGCUCUGUGACCCCGCUGGAGAAACGUAAGGUGGCCCUGUUGGUCACAUCGGUGCUGGUGCUCUACGCCAUUUCCUUUGUGCCCUACCACGUCUUCCAGAUGUAUCACUUGUACUUGAGAAUCAAUUAUCUGAAGAGCUCCGUCUGUUGGGUGUACGACAUGUACCAGGUGUCAAAGGGCCUGGCGACUCUGAACAUGUGCCUGCAUCCAAUCCUCUACAUGGCUCUGUUUGACAGCAUGAGAGUGGCUUGUUGUGGGCGGAGCCCGGAGGACAAGCCCGACCGGGGCUGAGGAGGACGUUUGAAGCUGCUGCUCGGUAGCUUUUCUGGAAAGUCCGUCAUGUUCCAAGGCUGUGAAGAACCGCUCUAGUUUUGUGAUUUGUGUUUGCUUAUUUCAGUAAUUGUCCGGUUCAUUUUGCAAAAAUAUUUUCUGUAAUAAAUAUGGCUUUAAUGGUG